AGCUUUCCAGCCGGACCUGUCCGACCAGCCGUCCUCAGGUCGAGCUCACUCUGAGCUGAGGAGACGCAGAGGAGCUCCUCUUCAUCCGGGCAGCAUGUGGGAGCUCCUGUCAUGAGUUUAACGGCGGCUCCCCUCGUCUCAGGGCGGGAAGGUGGAAUGUGGGCAGAGACAGAGCAGUCUGGACGUCGCGACAGGAUUCACACUUCACCUCCGAGACCUUCAAACUUCAGAUGAAUCAAACCCAGCAGACAGCUGGCUGUGUGCGGACGCUGCCCCCCUGGUUCAGUUUGGCUCCAGCAGGUGUCAUGUGGUGGAUCUUCCAGCUGGAGGUGCUGCUUCACUCCUCCGGGUCCCGGGUGGAGGUGUGGUCCAGGCUGCUGUUGGCGGGCCUGCUGUGCGUGGUUCUGGCGGUCUCUUUGUGGGCCCUCAGGCGCCGCCUGGGGCCACGGCGGAACCAGGAGGAACCAGAAUCCAAACAGCAUCAGGAAGCUGUUUAUAAAAGCAAGAAUAACCACUUUGUUUGGACGUCCCAAAGCAGAACCACAGAACUCCAGGUUCCCGUUUCUGUGGCUCUGGCCGACUCAGUGCUCCUCUGUGUCCUUCAGGAGCCCCUCCAGGACCCCAGUGUGGCGCACAUCGAGGCCCUCCUCUCCAGGUUAGAGGCCGUGGCUCGGUCUCUGCAGAACUCCAGCACCGGAUCAGAACCAAAACCAGAGGAGGACGGCGUGCUGUCAGACAAAGUGAAACUGACCUCCAGCUACCUGCAGGAAAGGAUUGGGUCUCUGCACGCUCUCGUCCAGGUGCAGGCGGGUUUUGAAGCCAGCGUGGAGGACGUGCUGCAGGGCCUGGACGGCCUCUGGAAGCAGCUGGAGGAGCUGCACACGGGGGUCACGCUGUCCAAACGGGAGGGCCAGGGUCACAAGGAUUUGGCUUCAGCGCAGACUGAGGCGGAGACUCUGUUUGCGGUUCUGAAUCACUACAAGAACCAGCUUGGUUCAUGCGAGGUCCAGCUGAAGGAGAGCACGCAGCUGCUGCAGGAGCUGACCUGGAGCCACACCCACAUCUGCAACAAGGUGAACAGCAGCAGCGAGUCGGUCUGGCCCGAGCUCCUCCUGCAGGCCAACAUCGAGCAGUUUGACAAAGUGCAGGAGAGCUUCACCUGCCUGGAGCAGCAGACCUCCACCUUCCAGGCCCACCUGGAGGGGCUCGGGAAAAGACAUCCGGAGCUGAUCUCUGCUGCUGGUCCGAGUUCAGCGACUCGUCGGGACAGCGAGGAGUCGGCGGAGCGCUCCAACGCCGGGGGGUCGGGAAAGAGCUCCUCCCUCCUGCUGUGUGGGAAGGCCAGCCGGCCCCUCCCCUCCCCGUUUGGACGUCUGCGCAAAAACGCAAAGAAAAAGUGAUGCUGGUGUCUGUGCAUCCAGAAGAUUCUGCAGAUGUUGAUCAUCUGACACGACCGUUGCUGCCUUUAUGUUGUUUCCUGCCUGCAGCUUGAUGCUGAUUCAUUUUUUAAGAAACUAUUGUUUUAAGGGCGGAACAGUGGGGCCUCAAAGUGGGAGAGGUUCAAAUCCUGCUUGGGUUCUUUGUGUGUAAAGUUUUUUUCAGGAUGUCAGUUGCUGGGAUAGGCUCCAGCAACGCUGUGACUCCAUUAGGGAACGAGGUUUAGAAAAUGGAUGGUAACACAAGAGGGCGCACUUCCCCCACCUAUGACCCGAGCUCAUGUCUGGAGAUGCCAGAAAGUUCACAUCAGAAAGAGAAAAACUGAAAUCACCAAACAUGUCAAAAUGUCUUUUUGUUCAUUUUCAUAAACAUGGUAAAUUAUUCAACGAUCUUAUUUAUGCAUAAAGAUGAAAAAAUC